AUGGUGACUACCGCGUACCCCACCCCAAACUCGUCUCCGGAACUCCACCCCAAUCUCAACCCGGCCCCCAAACCACUGUCCAUUGCGAUCCCUCCGCCAUCACCGCCUGCUACCCCGCCAACACUGGCUGCCCCCGCCUCGCCUACGAUAUCCGAAACAGCCACGCAGGAGUUUACAGACGACACGGGUGCGCCGGCGACGCUACCCGAGGUGGGCGGCGGCGGCGAAGAAGGCAAGCUCAAGGUCCUCCUGGGCCUGCUCAAGAAGCUGCCAGCGUGGUGGGCGGCCUGGACCCGCGGGACGCCUUCGACCUUGCUGUCGGUCCCAUCUUGCCCACUGCCCACUGCCCAUCUUCACUGCACCACCUUGCCCCUUAUUUCCGAGACUGGCAGUGGUGCCUUGUGUCUCCCCCUCUCCUCCGAGCUCCCCGAACUGACCUUGUGCAGGCUCGUCGGCGUCAAGGACGUUGCCAACCUCCGUCUCUCCCUCCCAGCUUCGCUUCUCGAGCCAGUUCCCAACCUCGAGUACUGGCAGUAUGCCGACCGCGCGGACAUCUUUGCUGCCAUCGGCGACAGCGACGAUGACCUCGAGCGAAUGAUUGCCGUCCUGCGCUUCCUCUUCUCCAAGGACCUCAAGUUUGUGCGCUCGCGUCUUGGCAAGCCGUACAACUCUGCUCUUGGCGAGCACUUCCGCUGCUCGUGGCGUGUCCCGCCACUCAUCCUGGACAAGCAGAGUGGUGUGCCCAUCGUCCGCACCCACGUGCACGUGCCGCUGCCCAACGAGCCCCCCUACGGCGGCCAGGGCGGUUCGGGCUGGGCGACGCCGGUGCUCCGGCCCGAGGACGGCGGCAAGAGCAAGGACGGCAGCGAGUCGAGCUCGAUCCGGUCCACGACGUCGUCCAAGUUUGACAAGAGCUCGAUCAAGGCUGCGGCCAUGGCCGACAAGAAGCGCGGUCUCGCGACGCCUUCGCAGGCGAGCUUUGACAUGAGCGCCCUCCGUCAGGCGAUCCCGGGUCCCGGCGACGAGGUGCUCCCGCGAGAGCCUGACGCGGGCGUCAAGGACAGCGAAAAGGUGACGGUGGUCUUCCUCUGCGAGCAGACCAGCCACCACCCGCCCGUUUCGGCCGCCUACUACCACUGCCCCGAGCGCGGUAUUGAGGCGGUCGGUAUCGACCAGAUUGUCGCCAAGGUGUCCUUCCCUUCCAUCCGCCUGGGCCCCGGUCCCCAGAACAAGGGCAUCUUUGUGCGCAUCACGCGCGACGGUCCCGGCAAGGGCGAAGAGUACCAGAUCACCCACCCUGCCGCACAGGUGAACGGCAUCCUCAAGGGCUCGUACUAUGGCACCAUGUCCGAGAGCAUUUCGGUGACGGUGCGCGGCACCGACGACGCCAAGACGCGCCUGCGCUGUCUCAUCGAGUACAAGGACGAGUCGUGGCUCGGCAAGCCGCGCUUCCUCAUCGAGGGCGUCAUCUACCGCUACAACGUGGGCAACGCCGACGAGGCGGCCCUGGCGGAGAGCUGGACAAAAUGCAAGCAGGUGCCCGCGGACAAGGUCGUGGCCCAGCUGGAGGGUAACUGGAUGCGCCAGAUCCGCUACCGCUACAAGGGCGACAAGGAGUGGAAGAUCCUCCUGGACCUGGACGAGCUCGCGCUCAUCCCCAAGAUUGUGCGCCCGCUCGACGAGCAGGAGGAGCAGGAGAGCCGGCGGUUGUGGGACCCCGUGACGCAGAACCUCGUGUCCAAGAACUGGGGCGAGGCGACGCGCCAGAAGCAGAUCAUCGAGCAGCGACAGCGCGAUAUUGCCACCAAGCUCAAGGCGACGGGUGAACUGCACGAGCCGCGCUUCUUCGAAAAGGAAUACACGGACGGCCGGCCGGUGCUCACGGCCGCGGGGCUCGAGGUGGUGCAGGCGGAGAUUGCCCGUGUGCAGGGCUUGUAA